AUGACGCCGCAACACGGAAUGCCACCAUACAACAUGCUAGAUGAAACACCACGACGUGAUACACCACUGUAUAACGUGCUGCGAGACAGACAAGACGCUAUAGCACAGGACGCCGCCGCACACGACGCCACAUGCGUCGCAGCAAUUCCCGCCGCCAGAAAUUCCAUCAUGAUCGACGCCGCACUCUGCCGCACGGAUACGUCACGAAAUGAUCACCACGCCGCCAUGUUACACGAAGCGCGAAACGAUAAUACUCCUGAAACGCGAAGCGAAAUGCCGCUAAAAGACCAAGGAAACGUCGCGAAAUGUAAUACGGACGAUGCCACAGGAAUAUAG